AUGGCAACUGUUAUCGUAAAGCUCGGUGGCGCCGCCAUCACAGACAAGUCGGUCCGGGACACGCUCUCAGACAACAUCGACAGCCUACUAGACAGCAUCGCGCACGUCUACCAUCAGAUACUACACCCGAGCGGUCGCCGUCUCAUUCUGAUCCACGGCGCAGGCAGUUUCGGGCACCCACCCGCAAAGAAGUAUCAGGUCAAGGCGGGGUGGACGACAGGGCUAGAUGAGGCUGGCGGCGGAGAUGUCAAGUUUGGCAUGGCGCUGACCAGGCAGCGCGUGCUGCAGCUACACCUCCAAGUAAUUCAGAGGCUGCACGAGCGGGACCGCAUGCCCGUCUUGUCGGUAUCGACAUACGAUACAGUAGACACGGACACCGGAGCCGUAACGGCGGGGUCCAGCGCUCGGCUGGUGGCGCGUGUGCAGCAAGUCCUGGACGCAGGCUUUGUGCCGCUGUUGUUUGGCGAUGCCGUAUUUGACCAUACCCUGGGCUGUACUAUUCUGUCCGGGGAUGCACUCAUGUACCAUCUUGCUGAGCGCUUGCCGGCUGUUUUGCGUUGCGUGUUUGUCACGGAUGUGGCGGGAAUAUUCACGCAGGAUCCGAAGGGCUUUCCUGAUGCGACGCUCAUCAAGACGAUGCGCUGCAGUGAAUCAGAUGGCAGCAGGGCAAUAGAUAAGGACGACUCGGCAGCGAGUGUGGACGACGUCACUGGCGCGAUGCGGAGCAAAUGGCAGUGGGCGAAGCGCAUCGUCACUGAUGCAAAGCAGGUGCAGGAAGUGCUGAUAUGUCAGGCGUCGGACUCAUCAAGUGCCAUUGGAUAUGAAGCAAAUGAUCCAAGCGAAGCUUCUCCAGAGAAUGCUAAUUGGACUACUAUUAUUCGGUAG